AUGGCACUAGACAAGAUGUUUGGCAAGUACAGUGAUAGUUUCAAUCUGAUUUAUUCAUUCAAGGCUGAAGUUGAGAGAACAUCACCAGGCAGUGUGGUUGAAAUUGACAAGCACACUGUGGAAUACUCAUUGAGAGGAAAGAAACUGCACAAGGAGUGUUUCAGAAGAGUGUUUGUGUGCUUCAAGGCAUGUCAGACAGGUUUCUUGGAGGGGUGCAGGCCUUACCUUGCUGUGGAUGCAACAACACUGAAUGGUAGGUAUAGGGGCCAGCUUGUUUCUGCUUGUGCCCUUGAUGCACACAAUUGGUUAUUUCCAGUUGCCUAUGGUGUCAUAGAAGCAGAGUCAAUUGAGAGCUGGACUUGGUUCUUCCAACAACUGAACAAAGUAAUAGGACAUCCAGAAGGUUUAGUCAUACAUACUGAUGCAUGCAAAGGAUUGGAGACAGCUGUUGAUGAUGUAUAUGCUGGGGUGGAGCACAGGGAGUGUAUGAAGCAUUUGGCUCAAAACUUCAGCAAGAAAUUCAAAGGCAAGUUCUAUGAUGAGAAUUUGUGGCCAUGCUCACUUACAUACAGCAUUAAAAAGCACAACUAUCAUCUGAAUCAGUUGCACAGUAGGCCCAAAGUUAAAGAAUAUUUAGAGGAGCAUCACACAAAAAUAUGGGCUAGAGCACACAUCAAUGACAUUUGCAAGGUAGACUAUGUGAACAACAACCUUGCUGAAGCUUUCAACUCAAGGAUCAAGAAAUACAAGGGGCUUCACAUAGUUGACUUGUGUGACAAGAUCAGGCAGUACAUUAUGCAAAAAUUUGAUAUAAGGAACAUGAUUGCCAUUGAUCAUUUUGAAGGCCAUCUCAUUGUUCCAUGUGUGAUGAAGGCCUUAAUGGCAAACACAAAAGGUUUAGAGAUGAGUUUGAUUAGGAGAAGCCCAGCAGAGGAUGAAGUUACUGCUACUGACAGAGAAAAAAGAGAAUGGAGGUACCCUGUUGACUUACAGAAGUGGUCUUGUAGUUGCAGACAAUGGCAAGUAACUGGUAAGCCAUGUAUCCAUGCUCUGUUCUUUAUCACUUCUCUUAGAGGUGAAGCCAGUGGAAUAGAUCAGUAUGUGCACAAGUUUUAUUAUGUUGAGAAAUUCAGAGCUACUUAUGCUGACAACCUUCCAGCUUUGGAAGGGAAGCAACAGUGGGAAAUUGUGAAUCCAGGAUUUAAACUUUCUGCUCCAGUUCAAAACAGAGCACCUGGCAGGCCGAGGAAAACUAGAAUUAGGUCCAGUAGUGAAGGAAAAGGACUAGGUCCUAGGAGGAAAAAAUGUGGCAGGUGUGAAGGAUGA